AUGGAGAAAAUCUUGAUUCUAGCAUUUUUUUUGUUCCGAAUAAUUGUUAUUGAGGCAGCAAUCGGUGUAGGUGGUGCCAUUGGGGUUGGAGUUGGCGACAGCGUUGGCGGCGUUUGGGUGGGUGGAGGUAUCAACAACGGUCCAAAUACUCCAUCAGUCGGCGCUCCACAGGUGUCGAAACUCAAUGCGGCGUACAAUGCUCUUCAGGCCUGGAAAUCUGCAAUUACUGAUGAUCCAAAUGGGAUUUUGAAGACAUGGGUCGGCUUGAAUGUGUCCAUAGAUCUGAACCAUGCUAAUCUUCAAGGAGUUCUUGUUAAACAACUCUCUGCACUUACAGAUUUGUCUCUUAUUCAUCUCAACAGUAACAGAUUCAGUGGCACUGUCCCUGAAUCUUUCGAAGAGUUCACAUCUCUUACUGAAUUAGAUCUCAGUAACAACAGAUUCUCAGGCCCUUUUCCAAUUACAGUUCUUUACAUUCCAAAUCUCAAGUAUUUAGACCUCAGAUUCAACAGUUUUUCAGGGCCAGUUCCUGAUGAUCUCUUCAACAAACAACUUGAUGCAAUUUUCUUGAACAACAAUCAGUUUGAUUCAGAACUUCCACAGAAUUUAGGCAACUCUCCAGCUUCUGUUAUCAAUUUGGCUAACAACAAAUUCAGUGGGAACAUCCCUUUCAGUUUAGGCUACAUGGGUUCUCAAGUAAAGGAAAUCUUGUUCCUAAAUAAUCAACUAACAGGUUGCAUCCCAGAUGGUGUUGGAUUAUGGAGUGAUUUACAGGUUCUUGAUGUGAGUUCAAAUUCAUUGAUGGGUCAUUUGCCUGAUUCCAUAUCAUGUUUGAGCCAAAUUGAAGUGUUGAAUUUGGCCAACAACAAGCUGUCUGGGGAAUUACCAGAUUUGGUUUGUGAAUUGAGAAGCUUAUUGAAUUUGACAGUGUCAUCCAAUUUCUUUUCUGGGUUUAGUCAAGAUUGUGCCAAUUUGAACAUCGGAUUUGACUUCUCAUACAAUUGUAUUCCCGGGAAAGAGAUGCAAAGACCUCGACCGGAUUGUUCUAUGAUUCCAGGGGUUGGACUCAGUUGCCUUAGAAUCCCUGCUAAGUCUUUGGUUUGCGGGGCACUGGGUAUUGGGGCACAUCAGACCACAACUCCAAGUCCAUAG